AUGGCGCCGUCCACGUCUCUGUCGUCGCACGAGCGAACAAGAGUCGAGGAUUAUUUGAAUGAUAAAAUCCAAGUUUCUGCUGAUCUCGAGAGUCUGAGCUCGCUUCUCUCGAGUCUCCGCGCGCAACAGGAGCUCCAGCGGAAACAGCUCGCAGAGGCACAGGAAGCACUCUCGAAUGCCACAAAAUCAUCCAACGAUCAUGCUGAAGCUACUCGAAAGCGAGCCGAGGCAUUCACGGCCGAACAGGCGGACAUCGACAAGCGGUUGAAGGCGAUCACACAAUCGGAGACAAGUGAUGAGGCAGUACGACGACUGGAAAAGAGUAUGGAAAGGCUUCAGAGGCUAGAGAUUUCUAAGGGAUACGUGGAACUAUUGAAGGAGGCAGAGGAUUUGAGUAAACAAGCUUUAAACAGCAUCUCCGCCGAUCCUCGCGCCGCUAUUGAACCCUACACUCGACUUCGCAGCAUCGUUGAAUCGCUCAAAGAAGCUCAGCCCGCCGCUGAGGGCGCUGCGCCCCACCUUAUCGACUAUACGGAGAAACUGGCAUCUGCAUUAAGAGAACAGUUGAAAAAAUUCUUUGGUGAUCGAUUGCAGAAAACACUUUCAUCAUUGAAGUGGCCGACUCGCGAGCUGAAUAUUACGGAAAAAAUAUUGAAUCAGUGGAAGGGGGAUGUUGAGCUUUUAAUUGAUUUGCAAACACCGGAACUUCCCCAUCGUGAUGCAUUGAACACUACCCAGGCCUUCGAGCCUCCCGUCCUUUUCCCUCUGGAGGUCAUGGUACAUCCCUUGGAUCUCCGAUUCAAAUAUCAUUUCAGCGGCGACAAGCCGACAAAUCGACUUGAUAAGCCGGAGUACUUUCUUUCACAUAUCGUGGACCUUGUUAAUCAAUUUGGAGGAUUUUUCGAGUCAUACUUCCAGCCUAUUCUCGACGACAAGGCACAGUCGGCUGGCCCGAGCCUGGAAUGGAAUUAUUACAAUGCUUUGCAUGCUUUUAUAAACGCCAUUUUACCAAUGCUGCGACAAAAAAUCGACUCGUUCUUGCCUCAGAUCGCCGACUAUCCCCAAUUACUGAGUCAUUUUAUUCACCAACUAAUGAGUUUCGACAAUGAUCUCAGAGAAACAUGGAACUACCUACCAGAUCCUUACUCUGAUGGAAACUGGAAGGGAAUGACCUGGGAGGUCCUCUCCAAACAAGGAUGGUACGAUCGCUGGCUUCAGGUCGAGAAGGACUUCGCAUUGGCUAGAUACAAGGACAUCAUCGACACUGCAGACGGUGGACAAAUUGACUAUGAUGGUGUCGAGCCGACCGCGACUAAGCCAACUAUCGCCGCUAUCCGAGUCAAUGAUCUUCUUGAAACCAUCACAGAACGUUAUCAACCACUAUCAUCCUUCAGCCAGAAACUACGUUUUCUCAUCGAUAUCCAAAUCACAAUAUUCGAUCAGUUUCACGAGCGUCUCCAUUCUGCAUUGGAGGCUUAUCUAGCAAUGACAUCGACACUUGGCCGGACAGUGCAAGGUGCGGAUGGGCAGGCUAGUGUAGAAGAGUUUUUCGGAAGUGCCGAGUAUCUUGAGAAGAAGAUGGAGGAUUGGAGCAACGAUAUCUUUUUCGUCGAGCUCUGGUCCGAACUUCAAGAACGGGUUCGACAGGGUGGACGUAACGUGGCGGGAUCGAUGUCCCUUGCUGAAGUGGCAUCUCGCACCUCGCCAGCAGUCAACAACAAUGGAGCAUCCAACGCUCAAGACUCCUCUGAAGGCGCUUUGUUCGACGAAACUGCCUCUGCCUACCGUCGUCUAAGACUCCGGUCGGAGUCUAUCAUCAUCUCCACCUUAAACUCGAACAUCACUGCAGCCUUGAAACCAUACUCCCGUGUCGCCACCUGGGCAUCACUUUCCGUGCCUUCAGCUGGAUCGGCGUCAUCCCCUCUUUCCCUCUCAUCCGACCUGGCACAUGCCAUGCGGACACUCUCCUCCCAGCUUACAUUCAUUUCAAAGGUGCUUGGCAUAGCUCCUUUGCGGAGAGUUUCUCGUCAACUCCUUCUUACCAUACAGACAUAUAUUUGGGACAAUGUGCUGACGAGGAAUAAUUUCUCAGCUGCUGGUGCAACCCAGUUAGCGAGUGAUGUUGAGCAAUUGUACAGCAUGGUUGACACAACGCUUGGCGUAGCUGGGCAUGUAGGUGGCUCGCUGCUCAUAUUGAAUAAACUCAACGAGGGCCUUCGUCUUCUGAAUCUCAGUCCAUCCGUGGAUGAUUCAAAUGAAAUAGCUGGGAAAGAGGACAGCUCCCUACCAGGACUUUGGAAUGUGGAACAGAGAUUGUUCAAGGACAAUGAGAGUGCGCGGGCUGUGCUUGCUGAGCUGAAUAUUGAAAAAUUGACAGCAGCCGAAGCUCGAUCUGUGCUCGAACGAAGAGUAGAGAUCCAAGCAUGA